CGUCGUGCGACCGCGUUUGACAGCCCUUCGCGAGUCUUCAUCGUCGUUCGUCGUCGCGUGUGCGUGUGUGAAAAAAAGAAAAACUUUGAUCGCAAAAUUAGCACCACUAUUGGUGGAAAUCCGAAGAAAAAUUCAUUGCCGUCGCUGGUUCACGGUUUGGAAUAACUUUUCCACUAAUUAGAACCACCGAGGAACGGCUGAGUUUUCAGCGCCGUGCGUUUAUUUCCGGGCAUCAUCGGCGAAGAAGGAGGAAGAACUUUGCCCGCAGCAGCAAAGUAAUACUCUUGGUUCGCGUGUGGCCGCAAUCAACCAUCAGAAGAAAUAGCGAAGAAAAGUGUAUUGUGGAAGUGAUUGUGGAAAAUUAUCGCUUUUGAAUGAAGAAAAUGUCGGUGGUGAAAAGGUGCUAGCGCUUUCACGGAGUGAACCCUCUGGUGGAUUAGGGAAAAGUAAAUCCCAAAUCAUGUUUCAAGCGCAUUCGCGAAUCGCCAGAAGUCCGUCAUCAUCACCAAUGGCUGCUAGCACCGAAGUAGAAGCAGCAAGUGGAGCAGCGCUCAAUACCAGCACUGACAGCAAUUUAGACGAUGACCCCAACAGUUCAAUCAUCAACAAGGUUCGAUCCCGUGUAUCCAGCAUCCUGCCGGAUGCACUGUCCAAAUGGUUCUCGCCGGCAAAGAGACCACGGGAAACCGGCUCCGCCGGUAGCAACAGCAACGACCGGAGUGCCGUUGGAAGUCCUGCUUCUCCGGCCGGCCGGAAUGGCAAUAUAUUGAGAAGGGAAAACCGACUGAGACAACAAUUCGCCUUGGGCGGCGAAGCGGAAUCGAUAGAACAUGAACAGCAACAUCAUCGCUAUGGCGUAGAGGAAAAUGAGGAAGAAGAGGAUGAUGAUGAAGAAGAAGAAGAACAUGCACCACCCAGCCGGAAGAAGAAGCGUCUAGAGGAGGGAUUCAAUUCUACCCUGAUGAAUUUCACCGAAGAUCUUAGCGUGGUACCGGGCCCGAGUGGCCUCAACAUCUCCGCCAUAGAUCGCCGUAGUUCGCUUCCAGCAGCGGCCCAGCUUCCUCGAUACCACAGGAACACGUUCUCCUCAUCGACACCUUCCACAUCCCCGCAGCAGCAACAGCAGCACCAAGCCGGUUUGGGAUAUGAAACUUUGAGCCGCCCACAACAGCGAACCAGCCUCAUCGGGUACACAAACCGCAUCACGGCACCGUACAAUUUUGGUACUUCCACGGCAGCCAUCCCUGAGGAGCAGCAGCAGGACCAAGAGUCGGAACAAGUAAAUGAAAGUUUAUCGUUGUCGAUUCGACAACGGAAGGGAAUCCGGGAUAUCAGUAGUCGGAAGCGAUUGAACAUUCCACUAAUGCCGGUGGAUCGCUCGACUUCUGAACCUCCGGCACCUAUUUUUGGGCGCAGCAUCCCGCUUCAAUUGCAAACACAGCAGAUGCAGGAAGAAGGCAGCAGUGAAGAGUUGAUAGAACAGAAUAUACUUUCUAAUGGCAAUCUAAACGAGAGCGCAUCAGAGAGCAGCAGCGUGUCGAAUCUAAACUUAAGUCAUACUGAGGAACAUAUGGAGAGUAGUAGACGGCUAUCUGGAUUCAUGGGCAACAGUCGUAGUAAGCGAAUGAAGAUAGGAAGUUCCACAGGUGACUUAUGCUUUUCUUCGCAUUUGGAAACGGAAAAAAGUCUAUUUUCGUUGAAAAAUUCCGGCCGUUCCGGGCGUCCUACUUUUAACGCAUCGCUUUACGGAAGUACUUCUUCGCUGGGCAGCAGCAAUAGCAGUUUGUUCGCCAAUUCUCCCUUCUACAACGGAAGGACAAUGUACGGUGGUGCCUCGGCUUAUAGCAGUCGUAGAGAAGCCCGUCAAAAGGCUUUGAGAGUUCCAGUUCAAAUCAGGCCAUCGUCGUCGUUGUCAAAUUUUUCAUCUUCCAAUACCAGUCUGGCAUCCGACACAUCCGCACUAUCGAAUACAGCCAAACGGAUUCUGGAAAUUCUCAAUCAACGCUCCGGUCCGUUGAAUGAAGCUCGAAAGUUGGGUAGCAGCUUGAGUUUGAAUAGCACAUUGACAUCCAGUAAGAUUCCGGGGUUGGUUCAAGCACGUAAGCGUUUCAACGAGGAAGAUCUUAGCAUGAACCGUAGCAUACGAAUGUCUAGUCCUCGAACACCAUACAGCCGUCCACUAAGUGCUACGGGCGGCAUUGGAAGUUCCACAUCCUCGAUCAACAAGCCACCCACCACAGAACUACAGAUCCCCACCAUGUCUCAGCUGCUCCAGAUGAAGCGUAUUCAAACCAAUACCGAGUCGGCCCGACGUAUGGCUACCGAAUCCAGCGGCGGUACAGUGCUAAAUGAACCCACGGAAUACAAGUUGCCCAGCGCUGAGUCAGACGACACGAACAACAACGUAAAGCAUACCAGCAAGAUGCGGAAUAAGCUGCAUCGGAUUCGAGAAGAAUCCCAUGUUGAACGCGGUAGUAAUGCUCCUGUGCCACCAGUUGUCUUGCCGGAUGUGCAACUCGCUGGGUUGGAAUCAGUUCCUAAAUUCGAUAUCAAGUUGCCAAUUUCGUCAACCGUAGCAAGCCUCUCCGAAAAUAAUAGUAAUAAGCCAAAAUUGGUAGCAUCUGCUCCGAUUAAAGUGAGCAAUACUGUCGUCAAAACAAACAACGUGUAUAAAUUCUCAUCGCCCACUAAACUGGACGUAUCAAGCACAGAAAGAAGUGUAACCUCCACAACGCAAAACAAUUUCAAAUUCAGUGACCCGGAAAUAUUAGGUGCAAGCAACAAUAGUAGUUCGACCUCAGCGCCUUCACUCAAACUAGGAGGAUUCCAGUUCAACCCGGAAAUGGCUAAGCCGAAAUCCGUAACCCCUACAAUUCAGACGAGUCCCACGUCCCUAAAAACUCCGCUACCGCUAAAAAGUGGUAGCUGCCUAGAUGCAUUGAAGAGCAAUCCUGUUGUUCCGGAACUUAAAUCAGGAAGUUGUUUGGAAGCACUUGUUUCCAAACCUGUAACUACAGCCGUUGGUAAUGGAACUAGCACCGGGUUUGGCAACGCGUUUAAAUUAACCGGCUCUAAUAAAUGGGAAUGCGACGCCUGUAUGGUUCGAAACGACCAGGAUAAAACAAAAUGUGUUGCUUGCCAAACUCCCAAGCCAGGCGCAAAGGAAGAAGCGCCAGCGAAGAGCGGUUUCUCGUUCGGAGCAACCUCUGUGGCGGUUAUCGGUAUGUCGGCAGCUGCACCUGAUUCGGGCUUCAAGGCGCUCGUCGCACAACAGUCGGCCAAGUGGGAGUGUUCCGAUUGCAUGACCCGGAACGAUUCUGAUAAGCUCAAGUGUGCUUGCUGCGAGAAAGCCAAGCCAGGGGCAACUCCAGCUGCCCCUGCUGCGAAAAAGUCUGUGUUCGCAAUGCCUGCGAGUAGUUCGGAUCAGGGAUUCAAAGCGCUCGUUGCGCAACAAUCAGCUAACAAGUGGGAAUGUAGCGCGUGUAUGACCCGAAAUGAAGCAUCACGCUCAAAAUGCGCUUGCUGUGAGCAGGCUAAGCCUGGUUCAACUCCAACAGAUACACCUUCUUUCUCCUUUGGAAGCAAACCUGCUUCUGGUGCCAAGUUCAGUUUCGGAGCAGCUCAAAGUUCUGAAGGCAAGGAUGCUCCUAAGACAGGAUUCACGUUCGGAGUGCCGCCAAGUACUUCGACCACUAGCUCAUCCACCCCUGCUAGUUCCGGAUUUACUUUUGGUUCAGUGACGUCCUCUACGAGUACGGUUAGUUCGGAGGAUAAACCCAAAUUCAGCUUUGGCAGCGGUACAAGUACGGCAAACAAAACCGCUCCAUCAAGCGGUUUCAGCUUUGGCAGUAAACCAACUGCUACUUCUGACACUACAGAUAGUUCUAAAACAACGGAGAAAACAGAAGCCGCUAAACCAACUUCGACAACUUUUGGAUCCGGUGGUUUUAGCUUCGGAUCAAAAUCAGUUUCAUCGAAUACCUCGAAAUCUUCCGAAGCGGUCUCUUCUACAACCACAACCGGAUUCAGUUUGGGUUCCUCACCAGCCACCAACAAACCUGCAGAAACUCCUAAAAGCGUAGCUUUCACGUUUGCAAAGCCUGCAGUACCUAAACCGUCUUCUCCGAUCCCAACUAAUAGCAGCAGUAGUGUGGCGGAACCAAAAAAGCCAAUCGUUACUUUUGGCGCAUUGACAGCUGAAGCAAACGUUGCCGCUACGACAGUCAGCUCCAACGCAUUUACAUCCUCCGCGAGUCCCUCGUUCAGCUUCGGAUCGGUGGCUUCAGGAGGGGCAAGUAAACCCACUGAAAGUAAACCAGUUGCUGCGGUCGUAGGAAGCGGAAUGUUCUCUUUUGAUACUUCAAAGCCGACCGCAACGGUGGCUGCUACUUCGAGUUCAUCAGCGGCUGCGUCAAAUACUGCGGUGGCACCGGCAGCACCGUCUUCCAAUGUUCCUAUCUUCGGAGGUGCCCAAAAGCCCACGGGUCCAUCCAUCACUCCUAGCUUCAGUUUCGGAGCUGGCGUCGCCAAUUCUCCUGCAACAUCUGGCACGACUGCAUCCUCCAGCACGGGAACCACUACAGCAUCAACAUUUUCCUUCGGAGCAACGACAUCCAAACCAGCUGUAACAACAACUACGCCGAGCACUGGCACCACCCCGGUGGCGGCUACGUCAAGCUUUGUCUUUGGUCAAAGCGGCCAAUCUGCAAGCAAGGUAGUGCCCACAUUUGGCGCUGAUGCAGCGGCGCCUACAUUUGGAACAUUUGGGGCAGCAACACCCGCAACCGCGACUAUGGCAGCAGCCUCCACAGGAGGAAUUUUUGGUACUGCGACAACUACUGCAGGAUUCACUUUCGGAGCAGCAGCAACUUCUGCACCACCAAAACCAGUCGAAACAGCAUCCUCUUCCGCAUUUACAUUUGGAGCUAACAAGAGCAAUCCUUCACUUGCCUCUGCUGCUGCACCGGCGUUCGGAUCACCAGCUGCGUCAACGUCUAGCACGCCAAUCUUCGGCAGCCCAUCAACUAAUACGCCAACAUUUGGCAGCUUCGGCACAGCUCCAGCGAACAGUAAUACCAGUUCAGCACCGGCCUUCGGUUCCAGCACAUUUGGCGCGAAUGUUCCGGCUGCAUCGGCGACAGCUACAUCGGGAUCGAUUUUCGGUCAACCCACAGCGGCAGCUCCGGCUUUCGGAGAUACAUCAAACUCCACGGUCGCCCCAGUGUUCGGUGGUGCAACUCCCGCUUUUGGGGCAAGUAGUCCGUUCGGCGGCUCGGCUACAGCGGCUCCCAGUGCCGACGAGCACAAUCCGAAAAAGAUGUUUCAGUUUGGUUCUGGCGCAUCCACUGUAAAUAAUCAACCUGCGGCGCCAUUCCAGUUCGGAUCAGGCAACAACAAUAAUAAUAACAAUGACAAUACCGCAAAGCCGUUCUCAUUCUCAGCGAAUUCUACGCCCAGUUUCAACUUUACCGCUGGAUCCAACGUUGGACAAACGUCGGCUCCCUUCACAUUCGGCAGUAGCCAACCCGUUGCUCCGGUCGCGAGCGGUGGUGUCUUCAGCUUUGGAGCAACGACCGGAGUGGGCCCAACGGGAGCGGGUGCAGCCGCACCCGGCACCGGACUCGGAGGAAUGGCUGACGCUGGUAAUGUAGCCCGGCCAGUGGCGGCCGCCCCAACGGCAUUCCAGUUUGGUGCCACCGCGAUGCCGCAGCAGAAUCCGUUCGCCGCCACAAGUAUACCUGGUCAAACACAGCAGCAGGCCGCCCGGAGGAAACUCCGCGCCGCAAGACGUACCGUGCCCCGGUAGGAGCCACCAGACACCACCAAGCCGCCUCACCAGCAGCAACUUCAGUACCGAACAAUGUCGCUACUUCUACUGUUACGAUUACUCGCACCAAACACCCUAACCUAGUAUGGACAAAGGACGGCCAGAAUAGCAGUAACAACA